UGAAAGGACCUUGUUUCUUGUGAAUGAAAAACAAGUGUUGGGACAGUUUUCCGUAAUUAUAGUAUUGCUGUGAGUCUGAGCAAAACAACCUAGAGAACAAGUAACCAUGACAGCCCUGCAGUCAGUGUAUCAAGCAAAGGAACAGUUUGGCAAGCUUCAUCCACUGAACGAUCCAUCCAUUUUUUCCGUUCUAGCUUCCGCAACCGGAGCAAUCUGGUGCUGCAACACAACUGCGCCGAGAGGCGCCACGCGAAAGGGACCAGAGCGGCAGAGUGCUGCUUCUGUAGAGGAUGAGGGGCCUAAGUAUGGAAAAAUCACUACUUUGUUAUAUCCUCCAGGAAGGUUGGCUCGGGCUCAGAAUCAGGGCAAGAUCAAGAAAAUGGUGAAGGAAACUGAGUACUAUGAAGUUCUUGGUGUGAGUCCAUCUGCUUCUGAGGAGGAGAUUCGCAAAGCUUAUUAUCUUAAGGCAAGGCAAGUUCAUCCAGAUAAGAAUCCAAAUGAUCCUCGGGCUGCUGAGAGAUUCCAGGAAUUAGGUGAAGCUUAUCAAAUUCUGAGUGAUCCAGUCCAGAGAGAUGCAUAUGAUCGAAAUGGAAAGCACUGCAUAUCUAAGGAAACCAUGCUUGAUCCUACAGCAGUCUUUGCACUUCUCUUUGGAAGUGAAUUAUUUGAGGACUAUAUUGGACAUCUAGCUGUAGCGUCAAUGGCCUCUCCUGAAUUAGCUGUGGAAAGCAGCAAUCCUGAAAAACUACAGGAUACGUUGAAGGCAAGUGACAAACAUGGAUUUGUACAGCGUGCAGAAUCCGAAGCCAGACGGCUAUCUGAUGCUGCUUUUGGACUUGAUAUAUUACACACCAUUGGCUACAUUUACUCGAGACAGGCAGCACAGGAACUUGGGAAGAAAGCACUUUAUCUUGGGGUGCCUUUCGUGGCUGAGUGGGUUCGCAACAAAGGACACUUCUGGAAGUCUCAGAUUACUGCAGCAAAAGGUGCCUUUCAGUUACUGCAACUUCAAGAAGACAUCCGCCGACAAUUUAAAACAGAGGGUACUGCCCCGGAGAAUGAUAUUGAAUCACACAUACGUCUAAAUAAAGAUACGUUGAUGAGCUCAUUAUGGAAAUUGAAUGUUGUGGAUAUUGAAGUAACCCUGGUACAUGUGUGCCAAAUGGUUCUCGGAGAAAACAAUGUCAGAAAGGAUGAACUUAAAGCUCGAGCUCAGGCUCUGAAAAUUCUUGGGAAGAUAUUUCAGGAAAAACAAGCACAGAACGACAGAACAUCAAGGAGGAAAACUAUUGCUGAAAUAGAUGAUGAUAGGAGCAGCUCAGACAGCAGCAGUGAAGAUGAUUCACCAAGAGCACUUUCAUACCGAACUCCUCUACUUACAAUGGCAUGUCAUUUUGCGCACACAUUCCCUAUGGUAUUGGGAGACUCUUUAGAUGCCUUUGCAGUCCAGCAUUUGACGUUGAUGACGAUGAAAUUGUAUACAAAAGCAACGUCAGGCAAGGAAGAUGAAUUAGCAUUAUUAUUACAGCAUUGCCUUCAAAAACAAGAUAGCUGAUAACCAAGAUCAUGCCCUCCGGAUGGUCAUCGAGUCUUGUGCUUGGGUGUCUUACAAGAAUUGCUUGUUGUAGGGGGGGAAAGAAUAUAUUUUGCAAAGAAAAUUUUAGUUUGGGAAACUUAACAAAUUUCAGAAACUCUA